AUGUCUGCUCCUCUUCGUAUCCGGUCCUGGCGCGCAAUCGAGUCCUUUCAAAAUGCGACACAACCUUCGCGCUCUUCAAGAGCCCCUAACAUGAGAAUCAGCCAGUUCUCCAGCCCGAUGACCAGAAGAGCAAUCAGCUACACCACCAAAAACCAGAACACCGCCAAACCCGCACCAACACCAACACCAGCAACGCCCGCCGCAAAGCCCACCCCAUCACCUUCAACACCCAUCCCAACAGGCGUCCCCGCAUCCCGCCUCCCAGGCGCAACCCCCAGCCGCGCAACAACCGAAAACAUCUCCAAAACAGGCCUAUCAGACAAACCGCUCGAGCUUGAGCGCCCAGCCGAAGAGAGAAUCGACUGGACGCGAUCCUUCCACGGUCUGUCUGCCGCGCCGUUUCCCAAAGAAGCGGCCGAUAUCCUGCUGGCGGAGACGGAGCCAGACGAGGUCGAGAUCAAGCCCGAUGGUAUCCUGUACCUGCCGGAGAUCAAAUACCGACGCAUUCUCAACCGCGCAUUCGGUCCUGGCGGGUGGGGUCUCGUGCCGCGGAGUGAGAGUAUCGUUACGCCCAAGACGGUGACGAGGGAGUAUGCUCUUGUUUGUAAUGGACGCCUCGUCUCCGUCGCCCGCGGCGAACAGGACUAUUUCUCCCCCGACGGUAUCCCCACCGCUACAGAAGGCUGCCGAUCGAACGCGCUCGUGCGCUGCUGCAAGGAUCUAGGCAUUGCGAGUGAACUUUGGGACCCGCGCUGGAUCCGAAAGUACAAGGCCAAGUACACGCGCGAGGUGUUUGUUGAGCAUGUGGUUAAUAAGAGGAAGACCAAGAUCUGGACGCGGAAGGAUGAUCCUGUUGGAUAUCCAUGGAAGGAGACUGGAAAUAAAUAG